CCACCUACUCCAGUCUGAGUUCUGUUCUUUCUUUCUCCCCCUCACCCUGACUGAUUAUUGGUCCCCCCUUUGUGCUACCUCACUGGUAUCACCCAUGCCUGAGAGCCUUACCUGGUCAUCAUCAUCAGAAGGUAAAACCUGCAGAGCUCUGCUGCUAACCACAUUCUCACUGAAACACUUCCCCUUCAGUUCUUAGAAAAUACCACUAAGCUGCAAAGAGCAACCAACAAACCACUAAAAUAUCAUAAUUUUCCCUGUAUGGACAUAUUGCACCAGGUGCGUCAUGUCUCAAAUUCUGGUGGAUAUCUACAUGAAAUUAAAAAAGAGGAAAAGGUGAUCUGUUAAUUCAGCAGCUGAAAGAAGGAUAAACAAAGAUUCAGUCACUAUAAGGAAGUGACACAUACGCAAAACGGGAAGUGAACAGUGUAUCUCUCUUAAAGAAGUCAGAAACGUUGACAGUCGAGGGCGAGAGAACAAGAGAGAGAGACGGAGAGGCACGAUGGCUGAAUUCAGACGGAUUCAAAUAACUUUAUUUGUGAUUCUGCUGCUUCAGUUUACAGCAGUAGCUGGACAAAACCCCCUCUCCUUCACUGUCAGAGCUGGAGAUGAAGUCACUCUGCCUUGUGAAAAUAUGAUAAUUCAGGACCACUGUGACCAAACUACUUGGCUUUCUAGUCGUAAUGGGGGAACAGUAGAGCUGGUUAAUCUUGGACAGAUUAAAGAUGGGAUUCCCAAAGCUAAAUCAGACAGACUGAGUGUUAAAGAGAAAUGUUCUCUGGUUAUAAAGAAGGUCACAAAGGAGGAUGUUAGUCGUUACACCUGCAGACAGAUCAACAGAUAUGGACAACAACAAGGUCCAGAUGCUGUGGUUCAUCUGUCUGUUGUUACCAUGGAAGAACAGAAGAACACUGAUGAUACAGUCACCUUGAUCUGCUCUGUGUUGACUGAUGCUUGGUGUGAACACACAGUGAAGUGGCUGUAUGAGGGGAAUGAGAAUGUCGUGGAGAUAACACCUCAUUCCUGUUCAGCCAGUGUGACAUUUCCUCCUCAUCUUAAUCAGAAGUUACUGAAGUGUAACGUGACAGAUAAGAAGAAUGGCAACACGCUGCUAUGUAAUGUCGGCCCCCAGUCCUCUUGUAAGAAAACAGGAAGCACAACAGUGGGAACAGAUAACACAACAGAGAAUUACACUCCAACAGAUUGGUGGCUGUACAUCAUUGUGGCUGUGGGAGUAACAGCACUCUUAGCAGCAAUCAUCAUUGUGGUAGUCAUCAGACGGAAGAAAACUAAAAGUAACAAAACGCAGACGACUGAAAACAUUAGACUGAGUUUGAACCCUGCAGAGACUCAGUCUGCUCCAGAAACCAGUCAGGACAUGGCUGAUCCUGAAGGUGGAGUUUUCUACGCCUCCGUCAGCCACACCAAGAAGAGCAGCAGUAGAGCUCAGGCUCGGGGUAAAGAUGCUGAUGCUGAUGCUGAUGAUGAUGAUGAUGCAGUGACCUACAGCACCGUGAAAGCUCCUCCUCCUUCGGCUGCUGCUGCAGCCUCUGCUGAUGUCAGUGACCUCUACGCCACCAUCAACAAACCAAACCAAUAAGACAGCACGGUGUAGUUACAGCUCAUAGCAUUACAGGUAUUUGCACUGAUAGUUAAUAAAAAGACCAAGGGCCCUAUCUUGGACCCCGGGAAGCGCAGCGCAAAGCCCGACGCAAGUGUCUUUGCUAGUUUAAGAACGACGCAGUUAUCAAUUUCCCGUCCAGCGCCCACGUUGUUUAAAUAGCAAA